CUCGCUCCGCAACUUUCCUCCGGAGCUCUCCCCGCUGUCGCCGCGCGUCUGACACCGAAUCCCUCGCUCCCUCCGCCCGCCCGGACAUGGACCUGUGAGCGGAAGCCAGCGAACCCCCCCCGAGCCCCGACGCCGCGUGUUUUCGAACCCGUGUGUGUCCGUUUUUGUGUGUUUCUUUUUCCUCGUUGUUGGAGUUACCGGAGGGGGAACCAAGGGGGGAAAAAUGCCCGUUGCAACUCUCCUGCCUUUCACCGCCACCCCGAGCAGGAAGUCCGCCAGCCCGACCUCCUUCAGGCUGACGGAGAAGUUCAUCCUGCUGCUGGUGUUCAGCGCCUUCAUCACCCUCUGCUUCGGGGCCAUUUUCUUCCUGCCGGACUCGUCCAAGCUGCUCAGCGGAGUUUUCUUCCACUCCUCCGCGGUGGAGACCAACACCCGCACCGGCCCGGACAGCAGCGACUCGGGCUCGGCCGGCAGCGACGUCCGGGUCCUGGCCAAGAUCAAGAAGGACCACGAGAAGGCUCUGCUGGAGGCCAAGGAUACUCUCCAGAAGAGACCCGACGAGAUCCAGCAGGACAUCCUCGACGAGAAGGAGAAACUUUCCAGGGACAGUUUGGCUCAGGUGGCGAAGGACGGCGGCCAUUUACCCGUCGUGGAGUACCACCGCCCGCCGGGGACGACCGGUCACGAGCCCCUGGACCCGGAGACCAGGGACCGGCGGGCCAAAGUCAAAGAGAUGAUGAAGCAUGCAUGGGACAGCUACAGGCACUACGCCUGGGGUUCCAAUGAGCUCAGGCCCGUCUCCAAGCAAGGCCACUCAAGCAAUCUAUUUGGAAGUAUAAAAGGAGCGACCAUCGUGGACGCUCUGGAUUCGCUCUACAUCAUGGAAAUGUUCGAUGAGUUCGACGCCGCCACCGAGUGGGUGGAGAAGAACCUGGACUUCAACGUGAACGCUGAGGUGUCUGUGUUUGAGGUGAACAUCCGGUUUGUGGGAGGUCUGCUGUCCGCCUACUACCUGUCAGGGAAGGAGGUUUUCCGUAGGAAGGCGGUGGAGCUGGGUGAGAAGCUGCUGCCAGCCUUCAAAACGCCGACUGGCAUCCCCUGGGCUCUGCUCAACCUCAAGAGUGGUAUAGGUAGAAACUGGCCGUGGGCUUCUGGAGGCAGCAGCAUCCUGGCCGAGUACGGAACCCUGCACCUGGAGUUCAUGCACCUCGGCCAGCUCUCCGGAAAUCCUGAGUUUGCUCAGAAGGUGAUGAACAUCCGGAAGGUUCUCAACCGCCUGGACAAGCCUCAGGGGCUCUACCCCAACUACCUGAACCCCAACAGUGGCCAGUGGGGCCAACAUCAUGUGUCUGUCGGUGGCCUGGGCGACAGUUUCUAUGAGUACCUGCUCAAGGCCUGGCUGAUGUCAGACAAGACCGAUGAGGAAGGCAAGAAGAUGUACUACGAGGCCCUGCAGGCGAUAGAGACCAACCUGAUGAGGAAGUCCAGCGGCGGCCUGACCUACAUAGCGGAGUGGAAGGGGGGGCUCCUGGAGCACAAGAUGGGUCACCUGACCUGCUUCGCGGGCGGCAUGAUGGCGCUGGGAGCCGACGGGGCGCCCAGCGACAAGACGGGUCACCAGAUGGAGAUGGCCGCCGAGAUCGCCCGCACGUGUCACGAGUCGUACGUCAGGACGGCCCUGAAGCUGGGUCCGGAGGCGUUUCGAUUCGACGGCGGGGUCGAGGCCAUCGCCACUCGCCAGAACGAGAAGUAUUUCAUCCUGCGUCCCGAGGUCAUCGAGACCUACAUGUACAUGUGGAGGUUCACCCACGACCCCAAGUACAGAGAGUGGGGCUGGGAGGCCGUCCAGGCCCUGGAGAAGCACUGUCGGUUGGAAGGAGGCUACAGCGGCGUCAGGGACGUCUACGCCUCGUCCCCGAACCACGACGACGUCCAGCAGAGCUUCUACUUGGCAGAGACGCUGAAGUAUCUGUACCUGCUCUUCUCUGAGGACGACCACCUGCCGUUCGACCACUGGGUCUUCAACACCGAGGCUCACCCCCUGCCCGUCAUCCGGAAGGACCAAACAGAAAUACCCAACGAGGUGGAGUAGUGCACCGUCCUGCGAUGACAUCA